AUGAAGAGAUCCGCCGAGAUUGAAGCGCCGGCAAGCAAGAAGCCUCGUAUACUGCCUCCGCUGAACAAGGCGGCUGACGCGCAGAAACACGUUUUCCUGUCCCUGCCAGACUACGACAAGAAAGUGGGGGAUUUGUUUUAUGGAGACCAUGAUUUCGUCUUCAUCCGUGGUGGCGUAGCCACCGGCAAAACAACGCUGGCAGAGCACCUAGGUCGCCAGGGCAAGUCGUUCGUUAAAGUUCAAUUUACUGGAUCGGAGGAAGCAAGUUGGGAGAAGAACAUCAUUCGGGCAGUGGCUUCGUCCACAGAAGAGAGAGGGGAGAAGACCGAUAUGCAGCUGGACGAUGCCCUCAAGCGAGCCAAAGAGAAUGACAUGACCCUGAUUUUGGAUGAGGCGCAUACAGUCUUUUCAUCCGGAAGGCUUUCCGAGAAACUCUUCAAGAGUGAUGCUUCGUGUCACCCCAAGGUGCUUUUAGUCUCAGCAUCAGGUGAAGCUCCGCAGCUGGCUGAUCAACUCACGCCGGUCACAGCCACUACGCCUAGUGAAAUCACCCAGAAGUUCAUGUGGACGCCACCCUUGAGCUACACGUCUGAGCUCAAGGAACAGCUGGGGGAAGCUGGGGUGAAGCUGGACGAGAAGAGCAUCGAGUUCUUUAUCCAAUUCUGUGGUGGGCAUCGUGGCAUUUUCAUCGCUGCAAUGCACUGGGUGAACAGGUCACAAAACGUGGAUGAAACUUGGAAUUUCACACGGACAGUUGAAAAAGUACGCAAGAGCUACGGAAUGGGGGAGUGGAACUGUCCACAAACAGACGUUUUGGGAGCUCUGCGAGAGAGCAGGGCAGUGCGUGUCAAUGGCCAGUACACUCCUGUCAGCAACAUUCCUCGCGAGUUUGCAGAGCUGUUGUGUCAGGGCGCAAGCCGCAUUGCACGGCAGGAAGUGCGGAGGGAGCUCACCAUCAACGGCUUCGUACUUCCCAAGUAUGACAGGAACUCUGAGGAUGAGUUCCAAAGAGUGGAUUGGGUGAAUGAAGACAUGGAAUACCAAGUAGCGAACCCUCUACUAGCUUCAUACUACCUUUACAAUCUGAAAAAGCACUGUGGGUUAGAGGUUUGGUUUGAGAACGCCAAGCCACACAGCUGUGCAGAUUUAUUGAUGCGAGCCUUGCCUUGCAUGUUCUUUGCGGAAGUGGUUUGUUCUUUGCCGUCGAAAGAGAUGCUACCAUACGAGGACCAGUACAACAAGUGCAUUCAGACAACGCUGAAGAACUUGAAGUACGAAGCCCUGGAGUUCCACGCUUCAGCAAUUGGUCAAGGAAAGCCAGAUUGCGCCGUGCAGAUUGCGAUGGAGAUGUUUGUCUUGGAGGGUGUGAUGCAUGCCCGUGGGCAGGCAGACAUCAACACGCACCUUGAGCGCUUCACCAACAUGGACAACUACAAGAACGCCAGCCACAAGGGUCUCUACAUCAUCGGUAACGACAGCAAUAAGAUGCUCAAGACCAUGGAGAAGACUGAAGCGGGCGAUGUUCAAGUCAUAGGCUUAGUCCCCAACAUAGCUCACACAGCCUACACCGUCCACAUCAAGAGCAAGGGCAUCUCACGGAUCAACACCUGCAACGUGGACUGCGACCUUGUGGCAAGAAGGUUGGUGCUCAAGGACGACGGCAAUGCUGAGCUCUACAGCGUGCAGUCGCUGAAGAGCCAGCCUGUGAAUACAGCGAUGGUCUGGGUGCAGGAAUUGAAGGAGGAGAACGGCGACUACAAGCUCGUAGGCAGUGCUCUCCCAAUCAAGCCCAUGCCAGAGAACAUCGGCUUCCUGAAGAAGCUCAUCAUUGACUAUGAGAAGUUGACAGUUGGAGUGUCAAGACUCAGGAUCUUCUUCCGCACAGAGGGCCAAUGGCAGGAGGAGAAGAAGAUGAGCAAUGGACUGCGCCCCCUGACUGAGGAAGAGCCUUAUGGCUAUGUUGUACCAUAG